AUGGAACUCAUCAUCGUUAUCGAUCCCUUUAUUCCCAAUCAGGCCAAACAAGAGCUAUCAGGCUAUAUCACGACGUUGGUCAGGGUGCGCACCGUAUCGAACGAGGCGGCUGAAAUCGCUCGAUUUGUGCGACAAAUCACCCUCGCCACAAGCGAAAUAGAACAGCUUCGUGCCGAGAUAGCAAGCUUGGUGCAACAAAUCCAGCAGUUUAACAAGCUGGGCACGAUAGAGGCCCCUACAGACUGUGUACAUGCAUUGGCAUUUUCAUCAGACGGCCGUUAUUUGGCGAGUGCCAGCAAUGAUAAUAUGAUACGCGUCUACGGCGUAAAACGUGGAUUUGCGACGACCUGGGAAGAGAAAGGCGAUUGUCCUUUCACCGCUGUCACAUGGAGAGAUGAUGCUCUCUUUGUCGGUAGCAUGGAUGGCGACGUGAUUUGUUUUUACCCAACCACGGGGUACCGGUGGAUUCGUCGACGGAAAAGUGAAGUCAUCUACAAGACUGACGCCAUAAUCCAAACCAUGGUAUUUAACCAAGGUGGCGACCAACUCCUUGUUUGUUCAGGCGCUGAUGUGCUCUUCUUCAAGAAGACUUCAGGGAAAUGGAAAUACCAUGAUUGUCUCCCUCGCCCCACCCCAUUCGGAGAGCCCAGUGAAGGCGAUACCUAUCCAAUCGUGGCAACAGGGUUGCAUUUUCUCGAAAAUGAAAAGGAAUGUCUCAUAGGAUACUUGUACAACGGUUUUUGGAAAUUCAAUCUUGAAACAUGGGAGAGCACUUUGUAUUUUGGGCCAGAUGACUCAUAUGAAUUGGAGGAGUCGAGAAGGUAUUUUGGAAGAAUAACUGCUUCGGCUCAAUCCCCCGACUCAAAAUCGGUUGUCGCAACGGAUACUUGCAUGGGGCUCACCUGGUUCAAAGUCAUGCCCGAUAGGCUCAAGAAAAUGAGUAGCACUCAUCAGACUCAGGAUCUUUCGUCCAAUGUUCCCCUUCCUGUCCUCUUCAUAAACCAAGGCCAAGCAGUAAUCAUGGGUACGACUAAGGGUUGUGCUUUGAUCUUAGAGGUGAAGCGUGCCGAAAAAUUACAAGCUUUGAAGCACGGAAAUGAUCAAACCUGGGUGACUUCCUUGGCCUAUAUCGAUAUAGAUAGUCGCUAUCGAAUGAUAGCGACCGGCGACGGAAAUCGCGAACAGCGCACAAGGAUCAUACUUUGGAUCGAGGAGGAUGAGAAGGACGUCUCGUUUAAAUUCCCCAAGCUCUGGUAUAUCAUGCCAAAACUAUUUGUAUCCGUCCUCAGAAUUGGGCAGGUAGUCCUUACCUUGAUGGGAUUGAUCUUCGCUUUAUCAUUGUGGUCUUCGCCUUUGUGGUCAGAAGCCACGUCGGAGAAGUUUUCAGUGUACUUCUUCAAAUCAUCUCCUCCUGGGGCACCGUUCGCUUCCCCAUCUCCUGUGAUACCUGCUGCUGCAUCGUCACCUAUUUUGACAAAAGUCACCAAACUGUUCGACGCCUUGGGAGAGUUACUAGAAACCCUUAAAGAUGCACUGUGUGAUCUACCGUCACAUCCAACGCUAAGCUCGUAG